AUGGGAGCCGGUUAUCAAAUCUUGGGUAGACAUGUUCCAUCUCACCAUCUGGCUUUAGGUACUUUGGGCCUAGUCGCCUUAAUUGUUGUUCCAAACCCAUUUGCUGCUAAGAAGCCAAAGAGCGUCAACUUUGGUGCUGGCUCGAAGGAAGAAGAGCAAUUCAUCGAAAAUUAUCUAGCCAAGCAUACCGAAGCUGCAGAGAAACACUGA